AUGUCUCAGCCGCCAUUUCAAAUUUCUGCGCACCCCUACUCUUCUACAACACCGCCUACUAUGAACUCUCCCUUAAAUGCGGAGACCCCUCCACCCCCGCCCCCGAAGCCGAACAGCCAUGAGGCCAGCCGGCGAGGAACCCCUCAGAAUAUGACCUCAUUGCCCAUGCCGCAGCAACCCCAAAGCAAUUAUCGACCAGACUCCCAACUCUCUCAGGUUGAGCAAGCCCAUACACAUGAUGUCUUAUCCUCAGCACCUCUGCCAGCACCUCCCACGGCUGCAGAAGGAUGGAUACCCGAAGUCCUCAAAGACAAAUCGACCAAAGACCUGCAGACAAUCCUUCAAGACCCAACACUCAUCUCUGCCCUUUCCACUCAACACCCAUCACAUGCCGCCCGACAACAGAACCUCGAAUCCCUGCUCCACGUCAACCAGGAUCUCGCGGCCCGCCUCCUUGAACUACAAAGGCAAGUCUCCGAGCUUCGCAGUCAAACGGAGAAGAUGCUCUUGACACAUCAAUCGCUCGAGGUUUCUUGGCGCAAGAAGCAGGCUGAGAUGGAUACAGCGCUGGCACCGUGGUCUCCCAAAGCCUUGUAUCAGCGUCUGAGCGCCGCAAUUGCAGAGCAAGAGGCGGUCUGCCAUGCGGUGGAAGAGAGUUUCUUGGAUGAGGACCAUCAUGGUCGUGCAACGGAGAAGGAAGUUGCUGACUGGAUACGUCGCGUGAGAGCCGAGGCUUCGAAAUUGGCGGCGAGGAAAGAAGCAAAGGCGCGAUGGGACGAGGGGAGAGUUGGGGGGUGGCGGUGA